UGGUGGUUAUGUCGGCGUAAACUUUCGCAUUUACGGAAAGCAAUCAAGUACGCACGUAGCUCUCCGCUCAGCGGGUAGAGUAAAGAGCGUAGUUCAAUAGGGAAGUGCAAAAUACGCCGGUGUUAUAUAACCGUGUAGAUCAUAGAAUAUUGAGACAGUUCGGCAACAGGUUCUUGGACUGCUAACCCACAUCAGAAUAGUAGAGUGAUGUUGAAAAUAUACUUAACUGUGUUAAUAUUAAAUGGUGUGGGUGGCCAAAUCAGCUGGCUGGGCUAAUUCCUGGACCGAUUUCAACUAUUUUUGCCAACACUAUAACGGUGGUAUAAAGUCCACCGGAAGUCUGAAUAUCCAUAUAUUAGGUAUAUGGGGGCUACAUUUCUUCAUUACCUUGUAACCAUCGAAGCCCGAAAAUUGUAGGAGGUUCAGAAGCCGAGAAAAGCGAAUUACCAUAUAUGGUAAGCCUAAUGCGACGUGGAGGACACUUUUGUGGAGCUAGUAUUUUGAAUGAGCAGUGGCUUGUAACUGCAGGACAUUGUGUCUGCAAUGGAUUGAACAAGAUUUUUCAUGCAUCACAGAUCCAAGGAGUUAUAGGUCUUCACAGUAUCUCACAGUAUCUUAACGGUAAUUCAGCCGAAAAAUCUACUCCUAUUCGCAUUAACUUUAAAAGAAUUAUACCUCAUCCGAAAUAUGAAUGCACAAACGUAAAAAAUGAUAUUGCUUUACUACAGUUGGAGGAACCUUUGAAAUUUACCGAACGUGUCAAGCCAAUAUGUGUAAGUGUUGAAAAUCCACUUAUAGAAUACGAAAAUCAAUUAGCAAUAGUAUCUGGUUGGGGAUGGACAAAUGAAAAUCAAGAAGAGGGUCAGAAAGCAGAUAUUUUAAAGAAAGUGACCGUGAAAAUCUGGAAUAAUCAUAGUUGUGAGAAAUCUUAUCAAAUAAAUGGGAAGCCCAGCAGUUUAAUCUCCGAUACCCAAUUAUGUGCAGGAUUAAAAAAUGGAGGUGCUGAUUCUUGUUGGGCUGAUUCUGGUGGUCCACUUAUUAUGAAAGAUAAAAUAUUAGUUGGAAUUGUUUCAACCGGAAUCGGAUGUGCCAGACCUGGGCUUCCGGGGAUAUACACACGUGUCAGCAAAUAUGUUGAUUGGAUGGAAUCAGUUUUAAGUAACGCUAACGUUAUUUAAAAUCUGCUGUGAUAUUUAUACAUACAGUACCAUAAGUAUUUUACACGUAAUAGUAAUUUUUGAAUAAGUAUUUAAUUUAUAGUACCUGAUUUUGUAAUAAAAGAAUUUGUGUAAAUUAAUUAGUAACAUAUAUAAACGUGUAGGGAUGUUUUAUGCAAUUGGAGUAGACACCGCUUACGCAAUUAUAGCCGAAUCAACAAUAACGCGCCAUUAAUUUCUUCUUUUUGCAAUUCUAAUUAAAUUCUAUAAUUAAGCCAUAAAUUAAGCUAUAAAAUCAGAGUAUGAUGUGACAAUUUUGAUGGAAUUUAUUUUUAGGAAACUGGACGGGGCUCCGCCUCCUAAUUAGUUGUUUGUAUAAAUGUAUCUCCAAAACUGCUGAAGCUUUAUAAACCAAACUUACUGGACAUAGUUCCCUUUAGUAUCCCAACGUUCACCUAAUUUCGGCACAGAGUAACACUAUUAUAAUGAAAACAUCGCCUCUGAAUAUCUUUCGAAUAUUUGAUAGAUUUAGUUAUAUUUUCUUAUAUUUCUAAGGUCCCUAUGUUCGGUAUCUGGGGUCUUAAAACUUCAAGUCCGAUUUCGGCAAUUUUUGGCAGCCGCUGCUGCAAUAUAAAUGCAUAUUUAUAUGUUGUAAAGUAAACGAUUCAGAUGGAUGGAAA